UCUAAAACUAAAAUUAAAAUGAAAAAGAAAAGAUUAUUAGGCAAAAAAGUUAGAUUACUGGGUAGGAGUAGAACUAUAAUUAAUUAACCCCAAGAUUUUUUUUUGCUCUCAUCUUAUAUUAAUACAUACUUGAAACUUUUUGUUGUUGGGUUUAUUAUAUUUUGAAGAGAUGGGAUGAGGAUGGAUGAUAGAGAAACUUGAGGUUAUUUCUUGUCUGCUUGCCUUUGCCUAUGCAGCAGCAGCCCACUGACUGAGGAGUGAGGGCAUUUCUAUCCUCGCCGUCGUUUUGUCGCCCAAGGCGAUCUGAGCUCCGGUGGAAUUCCGAUCGACCCUUACCUUCGGAAACUCGAAUGACAACGAGUACCGCUUGGACUUGGUUUCCGAUCGUUGUACGGAAAACCAUGAACCCUCUUUAGGUUUGAGCUACUGUUGAUUUGUGGCUUCCCUUAUUCCUUGCCUCGACUACGGAAGAGAGGGUCAAUUUCGAAAAUGAGUGGGAAUGGUGGAUUUAGUAGCCUGGAGUGGGAGUACAUUAGGAGGCAUCACAGGCACGAGCCUGCUGCCAACCAGUGUAGCUCCGUGCUCGUCAAGCACAUCAAAGCCCCUGUUCCCCUUGUUUGGUCCUUGGUGCGAAGAUUUGAUCAACCUCAAAAGUACAAGCCAUUUAUAAGCAGGUGUGUAGUCCAGGGGAAUCUUGAGAUUGGAAGUCUCAGAGAAGUUGAUGUCAAGUCUGGGCUCCCAGCCACCACAAGCACAGAAAGGUUGGAACUCCUUGAUGAUGAUAAACAUAUUCUCAGCAUCAGGAUAGUUGGUGGCGAUCACAGGCUUAGGAACUACUCUUCUAUUAUUUCCCUUCAUCCAGAGAUCAUAGAAGGAAGGCCAGGGACUCUUGUCAUCGAGUCAUUUGUGGUGGACACUCCUGAAGGAAACACAAAGGAUGAGACUUGCUUCGUUGUAGAAACGUUGAUCAAAUGCAAUCUCAAAUCUCUUGCUGACGUAUCAGAGCGGCUUGCUAUUCAGGAUUGGACUGAGCCUAUAGUUUAAGAAAUAAUUCAAAGAUUGAUAUGAAUGGCAAAUGGUGGGGGCAAGAUUUGCUGUGAUAUUACGCACAUGCACCAAGACUUCUGGAUCUUCAAUGUUUCGGAGUCAAACUGGCAGUUGUACUACUCUCUCAUAUACACAUUUCACAAUUACUCCCUUUGCUGGUUCAUUGUCUUUAAAAUUAUAGGCUGCUGUCUUCCGUAGCUGAAGCACCCCAUGCUUUGUAAGGGAAUUCUACACUCAUUCAUGAAUAAGAAGUAUAGAAGUUAUUCUUCUCCGGUUUCCAGUAUUUUGGCUAGGUAGUGUAGGGAUUUAUGGCUGUACACAAAGAGGCAUUACGAGUAUACUGGUUGAUUAUUUUCGUUACUAGUUUCAGGUAGUGAAACUGGACGAACCAUAUCUGGAUUUAAAGUAAUGUCUGUCAAUUGGUGGAUAUUUUACUUUUCACGUAAUGUUGGCUGGAGUAUAUCACCAUGUUUGUAUGUGAUCUGGAAACGAGGGCCAUAUAAUCUUCUGAAAUAUUUGACAUUCCUUUUUUUCCACCUCUAGACAUGCUUAACUGUUGAGAGGAACAUUCUAUUGAUAGAUUUGAGAAGUUUGAGUU